AUGCUCAGAUGUCAUCCCGACGGCAGGCGCGUGUCCGACAACGUGCCGAAAGGAGCGAGGUCCGCGGCAAGAGAGGUGGAAGCUGCAUAUAUGGGGAGGGGGAGCAAACUUGUCGACACCCUUGCAACCCUGCUGUACCGGGCGACGGACGACGACUCUGCGAUAGGGCACGCCUCCGUCAUUGUCCUUGUGCUUCUAACCAUUGGAGGAUCCGAUGCCAACCCAGCCGCCCGUCGCCACGGUCAGCUGGAUGUAAACCACAAGAAGCAGCCACUACAGACAUCCAGGCCUUACAACAUUGCCCACAGGGGUUCCAAUGGCGAAAUACCCGAAGAGACAGCUGCCGCAUAUUUGAGGGCUAUCGAGGAAGGUGCAGACUUCAUAGAGACUGAUAUACUUGCAUCAGAGGACGGUCAUCUGAUAUGUUUUCAUGAUGUAACACUGGAUGACACGACCGACAUCGCUAACCGUACCGAGUUCGUUGGCAGGAAGAGAACCUAUGAAGUCCAGGGAGUAAAUAUGACUGGUUGGUUUACCGGGAAGUACAAUAUUCUUACAUUUGAUGAGUUUAUCUUGAUUGCACUUCAUGCUGACAGGGUGGUCGGAAUAUACCCAGAGAUCAAGAAUCCUAUUUUCAUCAACCAGCAUGUCAAGUGGUCAGGUGGCAAGAAGUUUGAGGACAAGUUUGUCGAGACGCUUCUCAAGUAUGGCUACAAAGGCAAAUAUAUGUCCGAAGAUUGGCUCAAGAAGCCGCUAUUCAUCCAAUCCUUUGCUCCAACCUCACUAAUUUACAUCUCAAACAUCACAAAUGCUCCAAAACUACUUCUAAUAGACGAAACCACAGUUCCAACUCAAGAUACCAAUCAGUCAUACUAUGAGAUAACUUCGAACGGCUAUCUCGCAUUCAUAAGCAAGUAUGUAAUUGGGAUUGGGCCAUGGAAGGAUACAAUUAUCCCCCCAGAGAAUAACCUUUUAGGCCCUGCAACCGAUCUUGUGGCACGGGCACAUGCUCUGAAUCUUCAGGUGCAUCCAUACACAUUCAGAAAUGAGAACUCAUACCUGCACUUCAACUUCCAUCAAGACCCUUAUGCUGAAUAUGAGUACUGGCUCAGAGAGAUCAGAGUCGACGCGCUGUUCACCGAUUUCACCGGCAGCUUGCGCAAGUACCAGGAGUGGACAGCUCCGCACCAAAACAAAGAAAAGAAGUGCAGAGGACCUCCUGCAUGA